GGUUUGUGCUGCCGGUAGCGGGAAUCAAGAAGUAAUUUCUAGUCUAUUAACACCUAAACUGCUAGCUGCUCCUUUCGGACUGUUAUAUAUAUUACUUUAGUUUGAAGCUUCAACUCUAUACACUUGCAAUGCCUCGGGGUGGAAAAAAGGGCCACAAAGGCAGAGGAAAGCAGUUCAGCAACCCGGAGGAAAUUGACAGACAAAUGAGAUUACAGAGAAAGCUGGAAGAAAAUGAUGGUGCAGAAAAAGAGUCUUCAGAGUCUGAUGAAGAAAGCAGCAGCGAUGAGGAGUCUGAGUCCAGAAAGAGAAGUGGAGUGGAGGGUCUUAUAGAGAUUGAGAAUCCAAACCGUGUGUCCCAGAAAAGCAAGAAGGUGACCGAAGUAGAUGUUAGUGCUCCAAGAGAGCUGUCUCGCAGGGAGAGAGAGGAGCUGGAGAAGCAAAAAUCAAAGGAAAAUUACAUGAAGCUGCAUUUAGAGGGAAAGACUGAGCAGGCCCGAGCUGACCUGGCCCGACUGGCCAUCAUCAAGAAACAGAGAGAGGAUGCUGCCAAGAAGAGAGAGGAACUCAGGAAAGAAAAAGAAGCAGAGGAAGCCAAAGCAAAGCGCUAAUCCACCAUCUAAAAAUUCACCAUGCACUUCACUGUCAAGAGGGAUUGCGGGUGAAGGAGAUCUGGAGAGGACCAGUACAUCAGAUCAGGGUGCUUCUAAUCUCCUAUCCCUCAGUUUAAAUCAGAGGGCUGGGGUCUUUGAUAACAGUGUGGUCAGGACAUGGAAUGUAUGAGGAAUGCAACAUUUGGGAUUCCUGUAUUUAAAUCUGUCAAGGAGAAGAUCUCAGGUUUUCCAAGUGCUUCACUCCCUCUUUACACUUUCCCAUCUACCAGGGUUCUAAUUUUAAAGCUGCUGAAGUUAUGUCCAUUCCAUUUGGUUCAUCUAUUUUUAUAAGGACGUACACAAGUUUACUUGAGAUUGAACAGGUAUUACAGAGUGUGUUCAUGAGAAAAAAACACUAUUCUGCCUUCCUCUUUCAAUUAGAAACCCAGAUUUAAAAUAAUCAACUGGCGAUGCCUUCUACAGGAUACCUAGAGAUAUCCAGGUUAUUUUGUUGUCUCGUGAGUAUUCAUUCUAACCAUAUGGAACCAAUUUGCUAUUGUCAGUUUAAAUAUAUUUCAAGAUUUGUUUUCUAAUACUUUUAAUCCAGGAAAUGUUGCAGAAAACUACAGGCUGAGGCCAGUUUCUGAAUGGAUCUCUAGUUGGUGGGCUUCUGUAGCCUUUACAUAACCACUUUACUGUCCUUAUCAUGUAAUCAAAGCUCUACUAAUAACCUGCACAGACUAGUUCAUGAAUUAUCAAGCCCAGUACCGCUAAUAACAUCCCACUGAAACAUUUGGACUGUAUAAAGAGAAAUGUACGCUGUUUUUUUUUGUAUAUGCUAAACUUGUAACUCAGCAUAUGGUGGAUUUGGAAAAUGCCUUGAUUAGUGAAAUGGGACUCCCUGUAACAUUCCUAGAAAAUAAAAUGUUUAAAUCACAAAAUGGGAGGAAUUUAGACGCAGCAAGAACAACAUUUCAUUCAUGUAUUUGAAGUAAUUUUUAAAAAUGAAUUCAUGGACAUAAAUUGCUGUCAUGUC